AUGACUGAUAAUGAGAGAUUGUUGGAAAGGAAAAGGCAAGAGGCUACAACAUUCUACAUGAGGAAAAAGCUGGAUCUCUUGUCAACUGAAGAGAAGAAACUGUUGGUCUUGGCGUGGAUAAAUGACAACAUGAUACUUGAUGAGAAGGACAAGCACCGGAAUGUGAAGAACAAGGUGAUGAAGAAGAAGCUUGUGGAUCUUAAGGAGAUUGAGUUUGGAGAUGCUCUUGCUGUGGAAGAAGAGAAGACAAAAAUCAAGAACAAUGAGGAUGAGAAGCUGAAGAAAAAGAUGGAGGAGGAGGAGAAGAUGAGGAAAGCAAGGGAGGAGGAGGAGGAGAUGAGGAAACAGAGGGAGAAUGAGGAAGCCGGAAAGGUUUAG